GACAAAGCCGUGGGCGCCUCAAUGCUCAUCGUCGCCUCGGCCGUCUUCCUCUACUACACCAUUUGGACGCUCUUACUACCCUUCGUGGACUCCGACCAUCCCCUGCAAUCUCUCUUCCCACCCCGAGUCUGGGCGAUCCGCAUACCAGUCAUCCUCCUCCUACUCGGCGGCGCGGUCGUAGGGAGUUUCUUGAGCGUCGUCAUGAUCAGGAGUAACCGGAAGAAAGCGCUCAAGGCGAAGCAGAAAGCG